UUCGCCUCAAAUAGCCAAAAUGGCCGUAGGAAAAAAUAAGAGGCUUACUAAAGGUGGCAAAAAGGGAGCCAAGAAGAAGGUAAUUGAUCCCUUCACCAAAAAAGACUGGUAUGAUGUUAAGGCACCAUCCAUGUUUGUUGUCCGUCAAAUUGGUAAAACUCUGGUGACGAGGACACAAGGAACAAAAAUUGCCUCUGAUGGUUUGAAAGGUCGAGUGUUUGAAAUUUCCUUGGCUGAUCUGCAGAAUGAUGAGGUGUCUUUUAGAAAGUUCAAGUUGAUGGCCGAAGACGUCCAAGGUCGCAACGUACUGACCAACUUCCACGGCAUGGACCUGACAAGAGACAAGCUCUGUUCAAUGGUCAAGAAAUGGCAAACAUUGAUUGAGGCUCAUGUGGAUGUGAAGACCACCGAUGGAUUCCUACUCAGGAUGUUCUGCAUCGGCUUUACCAAGAAGAAGCAGUACCAGGUCAAGAAAACCUGUUACGCCCAGCACACACAGGUGAAGACUAUCAGAAAGAAGAUGGUGGAUAUCAUCACACGAGAGGUAUCAUCAAAUGACAUGAAGGAGGUCGUCAACAAACUAAUCCCAGACAGCAUUGGCAAAGACAUUGAGAAAGCUUGCCAAGGCAUCUACCCAUUACAUGAUGUGUACAUCAGGAAAGUCAAGGUCCUGAAGAAGCCCAAGUUUGACUUGGGAAAACUAAUGGAGCUUCACGGUGAAGGAGGAGCAAAGACCGUUACAACAGAAUCUGGUGAACAAGUUACACGGCCUGAGGGAUACGAACCACCAGUGCUGGAGUCGGUCUAACUCUGUAAAUUAUGUAAUAAAUAAGAACUGUGAAGGAAA